GGAAGAUGUGGAGGUAGGAGAUUCUCUUCAGCAUAAGUAUCUUCUCAGUUAGUUAUUUCAUAUUACUACACUACUGCUACUAUUACUGUAUACUGUCUUAUUAGACAUCAUGAAGAAUUGGAUAUUUUAGGAAAACUAAUUGACGACAAAGUAAUGGCAAUGACCACAUAACUAGAACAUGAACUAGACAGCUAUAGAAGAGAGAUAUUCAUAUCAUGUACAGAAGUGGUUUUCAUCGAGAGAUCCAUAAUACUGGCCAUCGGUUUAACUUUAUGCAACAAGGACAACGGUGGUUAUAAUGAGAAUGAUGAGCAGUUAGGAUUUUUCAAGAAAUCAAAUAAUAUGGGGAGUGUUUUAUCAACAUUCACUCCAGAAGACCAAGUCCACAUUCCUGUACCUACACGAAGACAAACACUAAGUGAUAUACAUAAAACAAAAGAUAUUAAACUUAGUCUUUCAUCAGCAACACAUGAUACAGCCUACCAAUACACUGAUCUAUGUGAAUCAUCAAAGAAAAAGUGGAAUUUCAAUCAGAUUGAUGAAGCAUUACUAGUUCCAAAACAUUAUGAACAUCUUUGUGGCAACACCGGUACACAAAUGAGUAAAAACGUCAAUUCUACAAAUAUGUUCAACUUGAAAAGGUUGAUAUUCCCCAGUUUAUCACGUAAAACAAAAAUCUCUGAUAGUAAUGGAGUAAUGCCAAGUGUGAGAACAUUGAAUGAUAGAAUGCACAGGUUAUCAGUGAAUGCCGACCGGGUGAAUACUGGUGCUACCAGAAACGGUACUACCAAGAAGUUCUUAGACGAUUCAACGAGUCAUUCAACAACUGAAAUCCCAGUGUACUACUACCAACAACAAAAACAACACCAACAAGAAAUACAAGACGAAGAAGAUUCGGCAAAGGCGAAUAUACCUCUAGAAAACUAUCGACUAAACUCCACAUCCUCUUCAUCAUAUUGUGACACAUCAAGUUCUAAAGGCGUUUGUCGUACACAAUCAUCGGGAAUAACACAAAACUCUUAUUGUCCGGAAUCUAGAGAUGUUAUAAAUGAUAAUGUGAAUCGGGAUUAUCAUUCCUCUAGUCAAAAGUCACCAAUCGAUUUGAAUGUGUCCAUUCAUCAACAAAGAGAUCCUCAAAUUUAUCAAGACACUGGUGGACAGCAUAGACAAUUAUCUGAACCAAGUUCACGGUUAAAGCAUCGUUAUUCACAUUGUUUAUCAACAGAUUUUAGUCGAAAGUGUUGUGCUACACACCGUCAUCCUCCUGCUUCUCCUCUUCCUCCUCAUCACCAUCAUAACCAUCAUCAUGACAAUAAUGUCAGUAUUAAUAAUCAUGGUAAUACUAUAUCUUACACACCUAGCCUUACUGAUUUAAGAUGGGCUAUGCGGUAUAAAGCGCCGUAUACAAAAGAAUCAAGUGAACAGUUGUGUGUAAAUAAUUCACCGUAUUCUUUUGUGGAAAAUUACUCUGGGGGACAAACUUGUCACAAUAAUAGUUCUAUUUAUAUGCCAACAUCAACAUUAUCAGGAAGUGUAUCGACAUAUGCUGAAGUAUUGACAUCACCAGUGGAUUCUUAUACUACACAACAUCAUAAUUAUUCUCAUUAUCAGAAUAUUGAAAUGUUAAGAGAACAUACACCGUGGAAUGUAACUGAUACCUCACCUGGUGCACAUAGUUGUUCCUAUGAAAUACCAUUCUUUGUAAACUGCAAUCAUGAAAAUAAGACAAUCAGAAGGGAUUCCUCUUUGUUGACAUCUAAGGGUAAUCCUGUUCCACGUUGUUUUCAUCCAUUUCCUUCUGUUCCUUCUUCGGUACACCCUGAAAUUAGUAAAACUUUUAAUUCAUCUUACACAGACAAGUUUUUCUCACCGGAAUUGAAUGAAACAUAUAAAAAUAAUAAUGAUAAUCUACACUACAGUCAACAAACAUACUUAAAUGAAUCUGGUGUUCACUUUUCAAGUAAAUUUGGUCGACGUUUAACAGAAUUUGGUACAGAUUCAAUUUUCCCUGCAUCACCAAUGCAUGUACAGCGCAAAGGGGGCACUGGGUUUGAAAAAUACCGCAAUAUUACAAAGUCAAUAUCAUGUUAUGCUCUGAAACUUUUCACUCAUCACUAUAAUAAUAAUAAUGACAAUAAUAGUAGCAUCAGCAAUAAUAAUUCUUGCCAGCAAAAGUGUAAAAAUGUUUCUGUUGAGUCAGGAGCGGUGACCAAAUCCACCUUUCCAACAAAUGAUAUAGCAUAUGAUAGAAAGAUGUUCAAACUUCGUACUGAUAGAAAAAUGAGUGAUCGUUUGAAGAAGAACUCUUCUAUUCGAGAUAUUGAAACGCUAAAAGAAUAUCAUCAACAAACUGUUCCUAUCAUUCCUUCUAACAUCAUGACGACAACAGUAACGAUAACAACGGUAUCAUCAGUAAAUACCAGUCAAAAUAAUUCAUUUUCACAAUAUAGAAAUAGUGAUAUUAAGUUAAAUGAUCGUCUUCGAUGUUCUAAUCACCGAAAAAGUGUAGGUAAAACCAGUGGGAUUUACGGAUUAUUUGAAAGUUUAAAAUCUGAUCAUAAAGUUGACAAAUAUCGUAAUUUUGCGUGCAUAAAAAAUUCGAGUGGAAUACAGAAAGGUUGGAGACGAUCUGAUAUUCAAGAAGAACAACAUCAAUUAGGCCGGGGCUAUUCCCUAAGACCUACUGUUGGUGCUCCUGUUCACCCAUCUACGGUUGAAACAACAACAUCUAAUGCUUACAACCUGUUUCAGCAGCCAAUAUUUAAGGCAAGUACAGGUGAACUUUUAAAAUAUCUUUCAUUUUUUAUUGUCGCACGUGUACAGUACAAUUUAAUAGAAAAUUCAAAUCGUCUACGCAAUUCUGAUUUACGUGGUAUACAACCAGCAAUCAUUGUUGCAUGGAUUCGAGCUAUUGAUCGUGCAUUAUUAAUACAAGGUUGGUCUGAAGUGGCAUUCAUCAAUCCAACUCAUGUUGUCUUCUUGUAUAUGAUGCUUAGAAGUUUCAUAGGGAAUGGGGAUAUACACACAGAACGUGAACUGCAUACAAUUAUUAUGGCAUGUCUUUAUUUAGCUUACUCUUAUAUUGGUAAUGAGAUUAGUUAUCCUUUAAGACCGUUUCUUAUAGCUGAAGCAAAUCAAUAUAUGGCUCAUUCAGAAGGUGGAAAUAAAAAAUUACUGUCCAAUACAGAACAUACGUUAACAUCGACAAAUGGUAUAGAGAGUUUUUUAAAAUCUAAGGUUAUUGAUGAAGUUCGCAAUCGUUUCUGGCAAUAUGUUAUACGUAUAAUAAAUGAAAAAUCUUCAGAAAUGCUUCGUAUCAAUGCUGAUCCAAUAUUGUUUACACAAAUGUUUAAAGAGUUGACUUCAUAUGAAAAUGUUGUUAUUGCUAUGAAAUUGUCAUCAUCAUCAUCAUCAUCAUCAUCAUCAUCAUCAAAUCGUAACCAUAACAACAAUAGCAAUAACAGUAACAAUCGAUUAUAAAAAACAGAGAAAAAAGGCAACGAAGUAAGCGAAAUUUAUUUUGUAGUUAAAUUUAAUUUGAUUUUUUUAACAUAAAUAUUCCUUAUUGGCUUCUCAUGAUUGAACUAAAAAGAUAUCAGUACCCCGUCAGAACUACUCAAUGUGUGAUCAUCUAUACACGUACAUCUACUCAUACACUCAACUAAGAAAUUACGGGUAAGACGUCGAGUAGAUCCUUAUGAGCAUAAAGUUGUGUAAGUGCGUAUUACGUCUGCA